UCCUCGGUGUGCGGAGGUGUGUGUGUGUGUGCAUGUGUGUGUGUGUGUGUGUGUGAGUGCGUGUAGUCGGCGUCUCUGCUUCCCUGGUUCUCCGUGUCACAUUCCUGCAGCCCCGGAGGUUUGACCCCCCGGCCGCUGAGGGGCCAGCUGAGUCCCGACCGGGCUGCCUGAGGUCGGGUGGACACGAUCGCGCUCCGCACCGCUCCGCUCCAACCCACCCCCGUCCCUCCCAACGUGGAUCACCGCCUGCCGUCUCACUGCUGGGAACCACUCUGUUGAUUCAACAGCGAGAGUGUGUGUGUGUGUGUGUGUGUGUGUGUGUGUGUGUGUUAUUAUCUCUUCUCCGAGGACCAGAUCUCUGUUUUUCAAUCAGGGAUCAGGAGGGAAUCUUUUUUUUUUUUUUUCGUUCAAGCUUCUAAUUUUUCCCUCUGCGCUGAAAGCGCCCGGUCACUGAAUUGGAGUUGCCCGAGUGGAUUACUACUCUUGCGUGGAGCUGUCAGCUCACAACUCACUCACUCACCAUCUGGAGAGGAGAGGAGCGGACGAGGAACCAACUUCUGAGACGGCUGCUGGAGGAGUCCCAUGAGCGCCUGUCCGCACCCCCCCUCCUCCCCCAAGAGCGCUUCAGCACAGCAACAGAUGGCCCCCCCCCGGAAGGCCCCCCACCCCCACUCUUAGGAAGCGCCAGAACAGUGAGAAGAGGUAAGCAGCAGAGGGAGUCGGGGGUCUACGCUGCGGAGGACACCACUCGGUUCCACGACCUGGAUGAGAUGUCCGGUAGCACGCUGAGCCCGGACCUGGACACUAAGGUCAUCACCAAGGAGAUGGCCCUCAUCAGCAACGCGCUGGCUGCGUGCUCGUUUAUAGCAGACCAUCCGGAGCGGGCGGCGCUGUACUUUGUGUGUGGCAUCUGUCUGGGCCUGGUGGUCACUCUCAUGGCCCUGGUGGUCCAGAUCUCCUGCCGCACGGACUGCAGGGCCCGCCGGGUCCCUCGGAACCGCAAGCCGGCCAAGACGGCGGCGGUGGAGCCCGGCAACAGCAGCACCAGCGAGUCCGAGUCGGACUGGGACACCACGUCGGACCUGUCGGCGCGGCGACACCGGCGCUUCGAACGGACGCUCAACACCAACGUGUUCACGUCGGCCGAGGAGCUGGAACGCGCCCAGCGGCUGGAGGAGCGCGAGCGCAUCAUACGAGAGAUCUGGAUGAACGGGCAGCCCGACGUCCCCGGCACGCGCAGCCUCAACCGCUACUACUGAGCCCACCCACAGGGGGCGCUGAUGCCCACUCACACCCACACGGACACAGGAGAGAACUGCAGAGAAGGGUGUCUGAUGAG